AUGCCCGAUGCCAUCAGCUCUGGGGGCGGCGGUGGGGCGGGGGCCGUUACAGUUGCCGCCCAGUCAGGCAGCCAGGGCGUCUGCAGAGGUCCUCACCUCUUCCACCUCCCGCCGCCCACCGGGGCUGCCAGUGCUGGGUGCGCACCUUCAGGGAGCCCGCUCUCCGCCAUCCGGUUCUGUGUCUCAUUCUCGAUCCUGAAGUUGCGGCCCUUGGGGACCAGGUGUGCUGUGGGCGCCCACUGUGCCCCUCGGGCAGGCCGGGAAGCAUCUGUCUUGCUGGAGAGAUCUGCCGUCCUCCUGGCGGAGUGGGAAGACUGUGACCCCCACCAGCUAUGCCCCUGCGGCUCAGCCUUGAUGCUGCCCAAAGCCACCGUAGCCCUGGCUCAGCCAGAGAGAACAGCUGUGCGGCCCCUGAGUGGCUUACCGGUGCCCCGGUCCCGCAGAAAGCGCCACAUCUCUGCCUGGGAUAUGAAUGCUGUGCUGGAUUAUCACACUUACAUUCGGGCCGCCGUGUACCCACCCGCUGCCAACAUGCAGUACAUGGUCUGGGAUGAGCGGCUGGCCAAGUCUGCUAAGGCAUGGGCCACCCAAUGCAUCUGGGACCAUGGCCCCUCACACCGGAUGAAAUUCUUGGGUCAGAACCUCUCUGUCUAUUCUGACCAGUUCAGCUCCAUAGUGGAUCUUGUGAAGUUUUGGUCUGACGAGAAACAGUAUUACUUAUUUCCGGUCCCGAGCGAAUGCACCCCGCACUGUCCCUGGCGCUGCAGUGGCCCUAUCUGCUACCACUACACCCAGAUGGUGUGGGCCUCCUCCAACCGGGGCUGUGCCAUCCACACCUGCGGCAGCCUCAACGUGUGGGGAAAGACCUUGUACCGGGCGGUAUACCUGGUCUGCAACUACGCCAUGAAGUAAGGCAACUGGAUCGGCGAGGCGCCCUACAAGAUGGGGACCCCUUGCUCCGCCUGCCCACCCAGCUAUGGAGGCAUGUGCACAAACAUGUGCUUCCCGGGGCUCCAACUCCAAAGCGCUCCAGUAGCUAGGAACCCUCCCGGCGGGCGCUUGGGGACACCGCUAGAGGGGCUUGGCCCUCCAAGAAUCCCUCCGCAGUGA